CGCUCCAACAGCACCAUCUCUGGCAGGUGGUGUGCGCUUUGAAAACAUACAGUAGCCUGGUUAGGACGAUAGACAGGUAGUUAUAGCGCGUAGACACACUCUAGGUUGUUAAUUUUUCCUCCGUAGGUCAGUAUUUUUGUUUUUCGUGCCAUUGCGUUUGAUUAAAACGCGCCGGAGCCGCGGCGAAUGAGACGAACGUUGGGGUUCCCCUCUCCCUCUCUCUUUGUGAGCCACUUGGUGUUUCGCCGCUUCUUCAUCAUGCAUCUUCAGAGAAAAGACGGAAAAGCCCUACAUGUUGAUUAUAUUUCACCACCGGUUGAGUUGUGAACGAGGAAAAAUCUCCCCGACCACGACCCCACAUCCUCCCGGAGCUGCCUCACUUCACGCGCCGGGAUUGUUCCGUUGCAGCACAGAAAAAAGGAGGACAAAUGAUAUGUUGACGGUAUUUUUUGGACGCGGUCGUGCCUUUUGUUUUCGCAUCGGGAUACGUGAUGAAUGCGGAUUUGUGAACGCCACGAAACCCAUGCGAGCGGACGUUUUUUCUCUGCUUUGAAAAUGAGGAAGCUAUUUCACAGAGACCCAGAAAAUGGCAAGAAGAAGGUCUCGUCGUCCGUGGGCCCGGAUUUGAGCAAAAUGAGAAAGAAAGGGGCAAAUACAACAGCGGCAUGAAUUGUUUUCUGCAGAAUGACACCGAGAGGAGGUAAAACUGUGGAGGCAGAUGACACGCAGCAUCGAUGAAGGCUAUCUGGACAAGUUUGACUCGCUCAUAAUGAACAGAAUCAGAUCGUUUUCACCAUAUUGAAAGCUAUUUUUUCGACUUUUUCUUUUGGGGAGAUUUUUUCCCCAAUUCACCUGUUUUUUCAUUGCAUACUUUCAUCUUAUUUUGUAAAUAGAUUUUUGAUCCGGAUCCAGCCCUGAUUAUUCAAUGGAAGUAUGUUAUCAGCUGCCGGUUUUGCCUCUUGACAGGCCGGUUCCCAAGCAUGUUCUCAGCCGGAGGGGAGCCAUUAGUUUCAGCUCCAGCUCAUCUCUGUUCGGGGCUCCUGAUCCAAGACAGCUGUCACAGAGACGGGGAGCAAUCUCCUAUGACAGCGCCGACCAAACAGCGCUGUACAUUCGUAUGCUAGGAGCUUGUGUAGUAUUCAAACAGCUGUUUGCACGAGAUGUGAGAGUAAGAAGUCAGGUUGGAUUUGAACCGGAACGAAGGAGCUCGCACCCCUACUUCUGCAUCGACUUCCGAACUCUUCACGCUCGCCCGGGCUGUGGCUCCUCGUCGGCCAGUCCCGGUACUGAAAGGAGGGUCCACAGGCUGCUCAGCUUCCAGAGAUACCUGCACUCCUCCCGCCUGCUGCGGGGAAUCACCCAGCAGAUCCCCCUCCCCAUCCUCGACGAAGACUACAGCGGACAGGCUAGAUGCAUGCUGGAGAAAGUUGGCAGCUGGAAUUUUGAUGUUUUCCUCUUUGAUAGGCUGACAAAUGGGAACAGCUUGAUCACCCUGACCUUCCACCUGCUGAACCAGUAUGGCCUGGUGGAGCUCUUCCAGUUGGACAUGGUCAAGCUCUGGAGGUUUCUGGUCUUGGUCCAGGAGGACUACCACAACGACAACCCAUAUCACAACUCUGUUCAUGCUGCAGACGUCACACAAGCCAUGUUCUGCUUCCUGCAGGAGCCCAUGCUUGCAAAUUCUCUAACCUCCUACGACAUCCUACUGGGACUCCUGGCAGCAGCCACUCAUGACCUGGACCAUCCUGGGGUCAACCAGCUUUUCCUCAUUAAGACUGACCACUAUCUAGCCACGCUCUAUAGAAAUACCUCAGUUCUGGAAAACCACCACUGGAAGUCAGCAGUGGGUCUUCUCAGAGAGACCGGGCUGUUCUCUCAUUUACCCGCUGACGACAGUCUGAACAUGGAGAGGGAUUUGGGCUCCUUAAUCCUGGCCACGGACAUCAGCAGACAGAACGACUACCUGUCCAGGUUCCGCAUGCACUUGGACCAGGGCAACCUGUGCUUGAGCAGCGCCAGUCACCGUCACUUUGUCCUGCAGAUGGCUCUGAAGUGUGCAGACAUCUGUAACCCCUGCAGACCCUGGGAGCUGAGCAAACAGUGGAGUGAGAAAGUGACAGGAGAGUUCUUCCAGCAGGGAGACAUCGAGAGGAAGCACAAACUCGAAGUCGGCCCGCUUUGUGACAGAGAGACAAACACUGUUGGCAAGAUCCAAAUAGACUUCAUGACGUACGUGGCAGAGCCGCUGUUUGCAGAGUGGGCCCGUUUCUCCGACACAUGUCUGUCCCAGACCAUGCUGGGCCACAUGGGGCUGAACAAAGCCAGCUGGGGUGGGCUGCAGCAGGAACAAACCCCCGUCUCCGAGGAGGCGGAGCCUAGCGCCGCAGGAGGAAGCAGCUCCAAAGAAAUGCCUCAGGGAAGCAGAGAAUCCUGACACUCCUCGUUCGCCCUCCUGAACCCCGACUCCCCUCUCUCCUGGCCUCGGAGCUUCAUUGACGGUCCCACCCAGACCCCGUUUAUGUUGUGUUGCUUUAGCCUCUUAUCAAAACCACUGAUUUAAUUUAUUUAAGUUUAAAAUUUCCUCUUUUUUCAGCAUAGAGCAAUACAUAGAUACCUCAUUUGGCUACUGCUGUAUUUUCUUUUAUUUGCUUUAUUUAUUUGUUGACUGUGUUUUAGGCACGCCCGACCGAACAUGCCGCUUUCUGUUGGGUGCAUUUUAAGAGGAAAGCAGUAUAGACUGAAAAAGACAUUUGUUGGUAUUUUGAAGUGCCAUUUGAAAACAAAGAAUCCAAGAAUGAAUUGAGCUGAGACAACUGGAGUAUUUGGAUACGGGAUCCUCCUGAGAGCUUUGAGUAAGUAUGACGCGUUGGGAUUUGUAUUGAAAAAUCUUCCAUAUAUAUAUAUAAAAAAAAGAAGAAAAAAAUGUGACAAGCCCAGUCCUUCUGCUGCCUCUAUGAAGACUGUUUACGCAUCACCUCUUUCCCCUUGAACUGAAGCGACUCACGUCGGCUCCACGGUUUGCCUUCGAUGCGCAGACGUGAAUAAAAAGAGAAAACCCUGGUCCCACCUGUCAUCCUACUGUUGAAGCCAUGAGCAGAACCUUAUUCAAACAAACCAGAUGCCAUAAACGACUCCACCUGUGUUCCUCUACAUCCUGCUGGAGGUAUUAUGAUACAAAUUUGUGUUUUUCUUUCCUUUGCAUUGUCCGGUCCUGAGUGAACCCGGGGAGCUUCCCUGCCGGACCGGAACGUCGCUCCAUGCAAACUUGACUCGCUCAGGGUUUUUGCCAGUCUGUUUCUUUAGAUUAUUAUUUUAGAGGGAGAGGAGGUGACUGCAGAUGGUGUGAGGUUGCUCGGGUAGAUUGAAGGAGACUCCCUCUAAGCAGAAUGUCUCUCACAGCCACAUGAAACCUAUCGGACUGCUCGACGGAUGCCUUACAACUAUGCACAAACUACGCUAAGUGACCAAACUGACUCCUGAUCCCGUCAUGUGCAUGGUGUGCUCAUCUCUGAAUGCACUGUCCAGUCCCUUUGCCUUUAUUUAAGUUGGUUUUUGUGAGGAAAAACUCCCUCUGUCCUUUUAUUCUUUGUUUUUUGUACGGAAACAAACCAGUGGAGUGAAUUUGAACAUUCCAUUUCUUUGCGUCUGUUUUUGAUUCUGUACAGCAGCACAGAUGGUGUUUGUGUUGAAGCCUUUUUGAACGAUAACAGGUGCUUUUCUUACGUUAGCUGAUUUGUAUGUUGCUGUAAAGUGCUGUAAGACUGUUGACGAAACUGUUUACAAUUUGUUGCGACGGCCAUUUUUGGGGGAGGGCUUCGGUGUCGAGCCAGAUUUUGUAAAGGCUUUGCUGUAUUGACCUUUUUGAUACAUGCCUGUUGCAGUCACCAUUUGAAUAAUAAAACCUGUUGUUGAAUUUCA